AUGACCGACAGUGUCAUUAAACCGUUUCUGUGCGAGAAGCAGAAGAGGAGUAAGCUACUGCUUUUGGGAGGAGUCCAGCUACAGUCAGUAGUAUACUCUCUACCUGGUGCGCUGGUGGAGCCCAGCGACGGAAAUAAAGAAGACAUCUAUAAAAUCCUCAUCGACCAUUUAAAUAAACACUUCUCACCGAAGCAGAACUCAACGUUUGAAAGACAUCUAUUCAGAGGCCUGACACCGUUGGACACAGAAAGCUUUGGUGAUUUCAUGCUGCGACUCCGCCAACAAAUGCAACGAUGUGCAUUCGGAUCCUCAAAAGCGGAGAUUGAGAAUAUAUGUCUAAAGGAUAAAAUCAUAGAUGUGUGGGCACCUCUAGACCUCAAGAAAAGACUUCUGGGAAAGGAGUAUUCACUAGAGGAAGUGAUCGAAGCAUGUCAGGUUGAGGAGCAGAUCAACAAGGAAUCAAAAGAAAUGACAUCAAGACCAAUUGCGGAACCCAUCUGUAAAAUUACACAUCGUGGUUUUAAUCAGAGUGGGGAGUGCCCCAGAUGUGGAAAAUUCGGACACACAAACAACGACCCAUCAUGUCCGGCAAGAAAUGUGACUUGCAAUAAAUGCUCGAAGUCUGGACACUUUGCCAGGAAGUGCCGAACUAACUUGAACGGCCGAUUCCUUAAGUCGCAAAGGAAUAACCUGAAAUGGCCUUGCACGUAUAUUCGCUCUGUCGAAGAGGAGGCCACCAGCUCCAAACUCAAAAAGGGCGAGGAACAUUGCUUUAAAGUGUCAAGCGAAGAUGAAGAGGAGUUCAUACGAUGCCGAGUGGGAGGCCGUGAAAUUUCUUUGAUUAUUGACUCGGUGUGCAAGUUUAACCUUAUCAGCCACGCGGACUGGUCUCUGCUAGUGAAGAAAAAAGCCACAGUCUUUAACGUAAGAACUCAUACAGAAAAGCAGUUCCGAGCCUAUGCCUCUAAUAAAUUACUACGAGUAAUGUAUAUUUUCGAGGCCCCAAUUUCCGUUGAGCCGGGUACCGAAGAGAUUGCCUCAUUUUACGUGAUUGAAAAUGGAGAACAAUCUCUGCUGGGCCGAGACACGGCUAUAGAAUUAAAAGUCCUCCGACUGGGAAGAAACAUUAACCGUAUUGAGGAAAUGGAGCCUUUUCCAAAAUGGAAAAACAUUGAAGUAAGCCUUUCCAUAGAUUAUGAUGUGAAACCCGUUCAACAACCAGUGAGACGAAUCCCGGCAGCGCUCGAGGACAAAGUUAUGGAAAGACUGGAUGAAGCCCUGAGUCGAGAUAUAAUUGAACCAGUCACGGGCCCGAGUGCUUGGAUAUCUCCCAUCGUGCUUGCGUUUAAGGAGAACGGGGACAUCCGCUUAUGUGUCGACAUGCGACUGGCAAACAAAGCAAUCCUAGGGGAAAACUACCCAUUACCAACUUUCGACUGCUUUAUGACCAGACUCAAAGAGGCUAAAUUCUUCGCACGCCUAGACCUCAAGGACGCCUAUCACCAACUGGCCCUUGAUGAAUCGAGCCGGGAAAUAACAACGUUCAUAACUCCAAGGGGACUUUUCCGCUAUAAGCGUUUGAUGUUUGGAGUAAAUUCUGCUCCCGAAAUUUUUCAACGCCUUCUCGAGCAGAUGCUAUCUGCGGUACCUAACGCCAUGAACUUCAUCGAUGAUGUCAUCAUCUUUGGCGCAACUGACCUCGAAAUCGACAGCGCCGUAAAAGAAGUAUGCCAGAUCUUCCAGGAAAAUAAUGUCCUACUGAAUAAAGAAAAGUGCAUCUGGAAGACAAGCAAACUAAAAUUCCUCGGACAUAUUUUAUCCGACAAGGGAAUAGAAGUCUACCCUGAGAAAAUUGACGUCAUCCGAUCUUUCAGAGACCCAAAGAACAAAGAAGAAACGCGGAGCUUCCUCGGUUUGGUGACCUACGUCGGGAAGUUCACUCCGGACCUUGCAAGUCAUACAGAUCCUCUAAGAAAACUGCUGAAAACUGAAAGCAAAUUCACCUGGGGCGAAGCCGAGAAAAAUGCUUUCAGCAACCUAAAGAAUCUCCUAUACAAGGUACCCAAAUUAUCAUAUUUCAAUCCAAGGCAUCGAACACGGGUGAUUGCGGACGCCAGCCCGGUUGCCCUUGGGGCUGUGUUAUUGCAAUCAAAAGUCGACAACGAACCUUUAAUAAUUACCUUUGCUAGCAAGGUCCUGUCGGAGGUGGAGAAACGCUACUCCCAAACUGAAAAAGAGAGCCUAGCGCUGGUUUGGGCAGUGGAGAAAUUUUACUACUAUCUGGCAGGCCUGCACUUCGAACUCGUAACUGAUCACAAGCCCUUGGAAGCCAUUUUCAAACCAACAUCCAAGCCCCCAGCUCGCAUUGAAAGGUGGCUGCUGCGGCUUCAGGCAUAUACGUUCACCGUUAUCUAUAAAUCCGGAAGAGACAACAUAUCAGAUGCGUUGUCUCGACUCUGUCAACUACCGGCGGUAGAACCAAUCGACCACAAGACGGAAUACAGCAUCCUUCGCGUCGCACAGAGCUCUAUCCCAAGAUCUAUGACAAUUCAUGAAAUAGCAGAGUCUUCCAAGAGGGAUGAAGAGAUUAUGGAUGCAAUCAGUUGCCUGGAGAACGACUCCUGGAAGCCCGAUAGUUCAGUGGGCUUCUACCCGUUUCGGUAUGAGCUUUCAGCGGUUGGCUCGCUCCUUUUGAGGGGAAACCGCCUAGUCGUGCCAACAUCUCUGAGAGUAAAAAUACUGGAGUUAGCCCACGAAGGACAUCCCGGCGAGACAGCAAUGAAACGCCGCCUGCGAUCCAAAAAAGUUCCAGCUAGCCAAACGUAUCCAGCAUCCUGCCCAACGCCGCAACCAGAUGACAGCUUACCGGAAUCAACACCUACUUCGGAGAACGCAGUACUCCAGCCCACAGAAGGAAGCCCCGGGAUCCAGCCACCCCUGCCGCCAUUAAAGCUAAAACUCGAUAAUAAAGGAGGGAUGUGGCGACCGGCGUUGCCAACAACCAAGCAUCGGGAGAGCAGCGACGGGAGAGACACUACCGAUCGCCUAGUGUCUGAGUGA